GAGAGUGUCAAUUCAGCUCAGAGGAGCUAGUGCACAAACCUGAAAGUUAGGAAAGCUCUAAAGUCUUUUCGUGGAAUAAUGCCAAGCAAUGGGCAUUUUUUGAGUGGUUCCCUGCAAGGAAAGGAAGCCAGAUUAGAUUGCAGUUCUUGCGAUGCAAUGCAGUUUUGUUAAUGGCGAAAUAUGUAGACACUGCAGGAGGAAGAUCCCCCUGAAAAAACAUGCUCAAAUACAUGUGGAUAACCGAAGAUGGUCUCGCCGAUUGUCUGCUCCAAUAUUUGUCAAAGUUUGCAGAGAACCUUGUGUCACUUCCCAAAACUCUUCAGUCCAGGAUGAUGAUCGCAAGGACACGAAAAGGUAUUGCAAUUCAAUCACUUUUCAGGAUGCUAUCUUGAAGUUAAAGGAAUAUUGGGCUUCAAGGGGUUGUCUAGUCUGGAUCCCACAUAAUACUGAAGUGGGAGCUGGUACAAUGAAUCCUGCGACUUUCCUUCGUGUACUUGGUCCGGAGCCUUGGAGAGUUGUCUAUGAAGAGCCUUCUAUCCGUCCUGAUGACUCUCGUUAUGGUGAUAACCCGAACCGUGUACAGAGGCAUACACAGUUUCAAGUUAUCUUGAAACCAGCACCUGAAAACUCACAAGAACUUUUUUUAAAUUCUUUGCGUGCUUUAGGAGUUGACGUUGAAUCUCAUGAUAUUCGUUUUGUCGAAGAUAAUUGGGAGUCUCCCGCUUUGGGUGCAUGGGGUCUUGGUUGGGAAGUUUGGCUGGACGGACUAGAGAUUACACAGUUUACAUAUUUUCAACAAGCUGGUGGCUUUAGUUUGGAUCCUGUUUCAUUGGAAAUUACGUAUGGUUUAGAGCGAAUUAUAAUGAGUCUUCAAGGUGUAUCCCAUUUUAAGGAAAUCCAAUACAACAACUUGUUUUCCUAUGGUGACCUAUUUUUGCAAAAUGAGUACGAAAUGAGUCGAUUUUACUUGGAUGAAGCGGAUAUAUCCAGACACAAAACGUUGUUACAACUAUAUGAGGAGGAAUGUCGAUUUUUAUUGAGAAAACAACUGCCCAUUGCUGCCUAUGAAUUUGUUUUGAAAUCAAGUCAUACAUUCAAUAUAUUAGAUGCUCGAGGAGCUGUUGGAGUAACAGAACGUGCAAAAAUGUUUCAAGGGAUUAGAAGUUUGGCAUGUGAUGUUGCUUCGGCCUGGCUAAAAACGAGAGAAUCGCUUCAUUUUCCUCUUCUUGAACAAAAGAACAAUUUGGAAAAUGGACAGAAUAACACCAUAGAGAGCUUUGAGAAUAUUAUUGUGAAUCGUCGUACAUCCACGAUGAGACUCAUUGAUAAGGAAUAUGACUUCUUUGUUCUUGAAAUAGGAACUGAGGAACUUCCAAAGGAUGCGAUUCAUCUUGCCAAAGUUCAGUGUGAAACGGCAUUUUCAAAACUUCUUGACUCUAACAGACUAGACUGGCGAGGAAAUAUAUUGUGUGGAGUAACUCCAAGACGCAUUGUAUUGAUGAUACCAGAACUAGCAACUUGGCAAAGUCCACAAACUAAAAAAUUAAGAGGUCCUCCUGCUAAGAUUGCCUACAAAGAAUCAGGAGAGGCUACAGAGGCAUUACUAGGUUUUUGUAGAACUCAAGGAGUCUCUGUUUCUUCGGUAACCGUGGAACAUGACAAAAAUUCAGAUUAUGUGUUUGCAACCAAAUACGAGAGUGGUUCCUCAACUAUUGAAGUCAUGACAGAGAUGUUGCCUCCAUUUCUGCAUUCCCUUACAUUUGCAAGAACAAUGAAAUGGAAUGAUACUCUAGUUAAUUUUCCUCGUCCUAUACGAUGGUUGUUUGCAAUGUUGGGAGAAGAGACUAUUCGCUUCCAUUAUGCAGGAUUGGAGGCAACCAAUUGUACUUUUGGUUUGCGUAUCCAAAGCAAAUCACCGCCUAUUAUUUUGAAAGAUGCCAAAAAUUAUCUAUCCAGUUUGGAAAAUCAAGGAAUUAUGCUUGAUACAAGGCAAAGACGAACUUUUAUAUGGGAACAAGCAUCGGCCAUUGCAACGGAUUUAAAUGGAAAGUUAUACCCAAGCGACAAAGGUCAAGAAGGUGAUGAUUGCCUCCUUCAAGAAGUCAGUUGUUUAGUCGAGAGUCCUGUAGUUUCUUACGGUCAGUUUGAUAAAGUUUUUCUUAGUCUACCAAGAGAAGUGUUGAUUACAGUUAUGAGAAGGCAUCAACGUUAUUUCCCCGUGCAGUCAGUCGAAAAUGAUGAGUUGCUUCCUUUUUUUAUUUUUGUUACUCAGUUGAGAAAAGACAUGGAAUUGGUCAGAAAAGGAAACGAAUCAGUAUUAAGAGCUCGAUAUACCGAUGCAGAAUUUUUUUAUAGACAUGAUUUGAUGCAGUCUUUUGAUAGUUUUCGACAAAAGCUUCAAGGUUUGACCUUUCAAGAAAGUUUAGGAAGUAUGCUGGAUAAAAACAUUCGAUUGGAACGUAUGGUUUCCACAUUGCAUGAUCAGUUGCAACUCACCCCAGAGGAAUCUCGAGACUUGAGAACUGCAGCCCAACUAUGCAAGGUAGACUUGGCUAGUAGUAUGGUAAUUGAGUUUACGUCAUUAGCUGGAGUGAUGGGAAAAUAUUAUGCAUUGGAAAACAAUUAUUCAAUUGCUACAGCUAUUGCCAUUGAAGAGCAUCACUUACCUCGUUACUAUGGAGACAAGUUACCGUCGUCCAGGGUUGGAGCUCUUUUAGGAAUCAUCGACCGUGUAGACUCAUUAGUUGGUCUCUUUGCAGCUGGAUGCCUUCCAAGAGCCAGUGCAGACCCUUUUGGACUUCGAAGAACGGCAUUGGGACUUGUUCAAGUGUGUGUUUUACAUGAGAUGGAUGUGAACUUGCGUCACUACUUUGAAAUUGCAGCCAAGUUACAACCCAUUGCUGUUCCUUGUCAAGUAAUUGAUCAAGCCUUGAGUUUUGUCAUGAAAAGAUUGGAGACUUGGUUGACAGAAGAUGAAGCAACAUGGGAUAUUGCAAAUCAUGAAGCUGAUGUCAUUCAAGCAGUACUGGCAGAACAAUCCAGUGGCAAUCCAUUUCAAAUAGUCAAUAUUUUGAAACUUUUCAUGAAAGAACGAGAAAAACCUUACUUUGGAAAUGCUAUUCAGGCCUAUGCUAGACCUGCCAAGCUUUUACUUUCUGUUGUUACUAAAGACUGGUCUGAAAUACCGGAGAUACCUGAUCCAACAUUGUUUGAAACUGAGGAUGAGAAUGGUCUUUAUUAUAUCAUUUCCAAAGAUUAUGAAGCAAUGAAUCACUAUGCGAAUAACAACUUGUCCCAAAUUUUGGAAACUCUGGCGAGAUGGAAACCUUUUAUCGAUACAUUUUUUGAAAAUGUAUUUGUCAUGUCUUCAGAUUAUCGAAUUCGUUACAAUCGAAUAGCACUGUGUCGCAUGAUAACAAAAAUUACGACAGGAAUCAUCGACCUCACCAAACUGCGUGCUUUCUAAGACACUUUCAAGCUCUCUGUAAGAUUCAGUAAUCUUGGCAAGUCUAAUCCGUUGCAACUUUCUCAGUGUCAUGUAAAGAGGAUGAGUUUUUGAGGUUUGUGCCUAUUUCAUUGAGAGCAUGUCGAAUAUUUGACAAACUGGACAAAUCGUUAUGAAUAGACUCAAGUAUUUCAUUGUGGUGCUGUUCAUUGAAAAGUUCCUUCAGAG